AUGUACCGGCGCGUCGCGCUGACGGCGACGGUGGCCUGCGGCGCGCUGCUCUUCAUCGGCCACCUCAAGCGCAAGUUCCGGCGCAACGCCUGCGCGGCGGUGCGCGUCUUCAUCCACCAGCUGCAGAAGGCGCGCCACGAGACGCUGAAGGUGACGUGGUUCGCGACGCGGGGGUUGGCCGACGGCGACGCGCUCCGCGCCUUACUCGACCCGCGCGUGGAGCUCGUCGUCGUGGCGACGGGCCGCCUCGCGGACGUCGACGCGGCGACGGAGAUCCUCGUGAGCGGCGACGCGCCGCCGUACGACGCGGACCCGGGCGGCCUCGCGCGGCUCGCGCGGCUCGAGGCGUUCCUCCGGGCAGCACAAGAGAGCGAAAUUCCCAACUUCAAAGGCUCAUAUCUCGGCCGUUUUCCACUCGCGUUCCUGCAGCCCUACGCGGGCGUGCCCGACGUCGUGGCCAAGGCGCUGCGCCGCGAGCGGCGGCGGCGCAACGUGAACGACCUGACGCCGCUCGUGUGCUGCAACUCGCACCACAACGCGCCCAUGACCGCGGAGUUGGCGGUGGCGCUCGCGCUCGCCGCGGCGAAGCGCCUCUGCGUCGCGGACGAGCGGCUGCGCCGGGGCGACUGGCGCGCGCGGGGCCUGCCCGCGCCGCCGCCGGGCUACGGGGGCGAGAGCCCCCUGCCCCAGCUGACGCUGGACGGGAAGAAGGCCCUCGUCGCGGGGCUCGGCGCCGUCGGCUCGCGCGUGGCCGUCGCGCUCGCGGCGCUGGGCGCGCGCGUCUCCGCGACGUCGCGGUCCUGCUCGGCGUCCAGGGAGACGACGCUCGCCUGCGGCGCCGCGUCGGCGCGGGUGACGCUCGAGCCGGCGGCGCGGUUCGUCGAGCUGCUCGCCGGCUGCCGGCUGCUCGUGCUGUGCGUGCCGCUGUCGCCGGAGACGACGGGCCUCGUCGACGCCGCGGCGCUCGCGGCGCUGCCGUCGGACGCCGUCGUCGUCAACGCCGCGCGCGGGCCCGUCGUCGACGAGGCCGCGCUCUACGCCGCGCUCGCGUCCGGCUCCGUCGCCGCGUACGCGUCCGACGUCUGGUACCACUACCCGGCGACGUGGGACGACGCCGCGGCGACGGCGCCCUGGAGCCCGGCCUGCGACCUCGCGGCGCUGCCCGCCGCGGCGACGGUGCUCUCGCCGCACCGCGGCGGCGCCGUCGGGCUGCCGGAGACGGAGCGGCGGCGCUACGCGGCCGUCGCCGACGCGAUCAACGCCGUCGCCAAGUCCGGCGACUUCGCCCGCCUCGCCACGGGGCCCAUCGGCGGCCUCAACAUCGACGCGGGCUAUUAA